GCAACAAAAUGACGUUGCAGGAGAGAUAAACGGAGGAGGAGGCGAGGCAGCGCCGCUCAGCCUGUAUCCUGACAUUUCUACCUAUAAUUUUACAAUAAUGCAGUCUUCCAAGAGGAGCGAGGGCGACUGGCAGGGACUGGUCAGCGAGUUCCUGGUGUGUAAACGCAAGCUGGAGAGUAAAAAGGAGGCACUGCUCAUCCUGUCCAAAGAGCUGGACACCUGUCAACAGGAGAGAGACCAGUACAAGCUAAUGGCCAACCAGCUGAGAGAGCACCACCAGGGUCUGAAGAAGAAGUACAGGGAACUUAUUGAUGGGGAUCCUUCUUUGCCACCAGAAAAACGUAAUCAGGUGAACCUGGGUCAGCUGUUAAGGGACUCCAGGGAACGAGUGAAACAGCUCACUGAGGAGAUGAAGGACCUCACUCAGAGGCUGGCUGAGGCUCAGGGGGACAACAAGCUGCUGAGGAUGACCAUCACUCGACAGAGGCUGGGGGACGAAGAGGUGGGGGUCCGCCACUUUCCCGCGCAUGAACGCGAGGACUUGGUUUCCCAGCUAGAGAGAGCAGGGCGACAGAUGGAAGAGAUGGAGCACACCAUAAAAGCCCUGACAGAUGAGUUGCAGGAUGUUAAAGCAGAACGCACCGUGUUCAUGGAGAAGGCGGACCGGCUAAAUGUUGAGCUAAACCACGUUUUAGGGAACCACGAGUCACGCAUCAUUGAUGUGGACGCCCUUUGCAUGGAAAACAGGUAUUUACAUGACCGGCUCUCGCAACUUCAGGAGGAGGUGGACCUGCUCAAAUCAAACAUCAUGAAGUACAAGACGGCCCUCGAGAGGAGGAAAAACUCCAGCACAUACGGGAGAUCAAACAGCAUUCCCCUUACAGGUGUGCUGUCGGCACAACAAGUCCAGGAGAUGCUCCUGGAGGAGCAGGGCUGCAGCUUGCCUGCCACACCUCAGUCCAUCUGUGACCUCAAGUCACUUGCCACUGCUCUGCUGGAAACCAUCCACGAGAAGAACCUGGUCAUCCAGCAUCAGAGGCACUCCAACAGGAUCCUGGGAAACAGAGUUGCAGACUUGGAAAGGAAGUUGAAGACCUUGGAGGUUUCAGGAUUGUGGUGUUUACCAGGCUUGACCUACCACGUGUCCGUGGGAAUUGGGAGAAUCAGGGACAAUACGGUGUUUAAUGAAAAUCUCCAGCCGGAGCUUCGUCCAACGUGUGCCACGUCUUUGCCAAACACGCAGCCUCUCAAAGAUGACAGAAGUUCACAUGAAUCAUCUUGGGAGUGCCGCACCGCUGGCAGUGACCUUGGCACAGAUGGCGCCAGCAGGGAGGACGCACCUGCACAGCUCAGCGGCCCGGAUCCCUUCGCAGGCGUGGAGACGGGUGGGAUUGACGGGAGAGAGGGAGAAAUUGUGACCCUGAGAGACGAUCCCGAGCUGGAGGAUGGACGGAGUCCAGUGGAGGAGGCAGGGCGUGAGGAGAAGGGAGGAGAGGAUGAGGAGCUGGGUUCUUCUGUGGAGGAAGGAGAAGAAGCAGCUCUGGCACUGGAUCUCCGUCCAACUGAGUCAAAGCUUCAGUGGCUUUCCAUCGCACAGACUUCUAUCAGUUAUUCAGGGGUUCCCUGCCAGGACAGUGAGUCUAAUGAUGCACUUGAACAUGAAGAAGCCUCAGCAUCAAUUCCAGAGAGCUAGGUCAGGCUGGGGUGGGUAACACUGAGCGGGACAUUUACUGCACCUGGCAUGAUCUAAUGUCAUGAAAAAAUAGGAAAACUUCUCUUUUUUGUCGUAGUUAUUGAUGAUUACAUUAAUCAUCCCUAGUUGGAUCCCCACUGCUUAGCCUCUGCUCAUUAACUUCCUUCCACACUGAGCAGCUUCGCUUUCAGUCAAUAAAACAGAGAAAACACUUUUUUCCCCCCAGAUGCAGCUGACAAAGCCAGAGGUGCACUCUGCAUCUAGACUAGCCUGUUGUUGCGCUACAGCAGAAAAUCUUCCUAUCAGUAGAGCUGCAAACUGGAUGCCCUGCAAAAAAAAACCAAGUGAUCAACUUGUGUCCUAUUCUGUCUUGUCGCGUUCCCUUUUGAGGAGAUAAUCCCAGUUGUUUGCUUUAUUCUUCUCAAUGUUAAGGAAUGCCAAUGAACUUAAUGCUGCAUUUUUUUUAGGGGGACUUCCAAAGGGGAUUUCAAAUUGCUGGUGUCCCAAAACUGGUAAUGUAUGUGUGAUAGAUACUUUUGAAUUUAUUGUUUCACCUUAAUUCUGUUAAUCUGUUCAUUUAAAUCUCGCCUAGUUUUUUGGAUGUGACUAAAUGUGCCUUACAUGUCAAAAUAUUUAACAUUGAUAAAUAUAAAUUUAUAAAAAGAGUUUUAUUGUUGGUUAGGGUGCAGAAACUUGGGAUUUAUUAGUUUUCUUGCUACUAAACUGAGAUUUUUGUCUUAUAUUUGUCCAAAAAAAAAAAUCACUUUCUAUUGUCACAUUAAAAUAAAAGGAAUAGAAUAGGCA